AGUAGCAACACAACAGCUACCUUAACCCCAAUAUUUUAUUUUAUUUACAUUUGUACUCAACCAAAGCAUUGAUUUUAAAGACAUUACUAGUAACGUUAGUCGUUUAAUUUCUAAAUGCGAUGACUACUUCAACGACAAGAAAGAUUUAUUUGGGACAGCAUCGGAUUGUAAAGACAAAGGGCUUAAUUAUCGCAGAUGAGAAACCACAUAGACAAUCAAGUCGCCUGAAUCAAGCAUGCUCCUCUGCAACGGAUAUAUCUGAGAACAGAAGAUAUAAUGAGCCUAAAGAAAACCAGAAUAAGCAGUGGAUGGCAGGAGACUCCACUCUGGUGAUGGAUGUGGAAAUUUUACAAGCUAUUGAUGAACUGGGUCCAGAAGUCUUGAAAUUCAAAAAAGAUGAAAACUUUCAACAAACUGAAUCAGCAUCGCUUAAAAAAACCUCUGAAUUUCCACAAAAUUUCUGUGAGCAACAAGUGCAAAAUGGAGAAAACAUCAGCCCUUUAAGCCCAGGCUCAGCGUUGUCAUCAACAGAGCGCAAAAGAACCAGAACACAAGCCAAAAAAGAGAACGACUGGAGAGAUUUGGCCCAAAAGCUAUUGUUCAGUGAAACCAAAAGGACUGAAGCAGGUGGACGGGCCCGGGGCCAUGAGAUGAAAUGUGAUAAGGACUAUUCUUCACCUCAAAAGAUUAUCAACUCCAUGAAAAAAACACCUAAAGUAGCAAACAGCAAGCAAAAGUUAAAGUUCAGAAGAGAUACCAGCCCAAUUGACUCUCUCAGCACCUCCAAGGACUACAUUUUGUUCAGUCCGACACACAUGGCUGCUGCUAAAGAGCGAUCCAUGUUGCAGCAGCAGCAGAGAUCAAUGAAAAACCUUUCAGUUUCUGUGCUAACCCCUCCUCCUGGACUGGAUCUCAGUGUCCUCGGUGAUGCUACACUACCAGAUGCAGCACAAAGCAUCCAUAUGGGACGUCCUGCCGAUCAGUCAGACAAGCUUUUGCUCUCUAAUUGGGGUCUCCCUAACCUUGUUCUGGAGAAAUACCAGAGUCUUGGUGUUCAGAGGAUGUUUGAGUGGCAGGCUGAGUGUCUGACCUUGGGCAAAGUGUUGGAGGGCCAGAACCUGGUGUAUUCUGCUCCAACCAGUGCAGGAAAAACUCUGGUUUCUGAGCUGUUAAUCCUGAAGAGAGUUUUGGAAACGAGACAGAAGGCCAUGUUCAUUCUUCCUUUUGUGUCUGUGGCUCGUGAGAAGAUGUUUUAUCUUCAGAAUGUAUUUCAGGAGGCAGGGGUCAGAGUGGAGGGGUAUAUGGGUAACACUUCAGCAGCUGGCGGGUUUUCAGCUCUGGAUGUAGCUGUUUGCACAAUAGAGAAAGCUAAUGGACUCAUCAACAGACUCAUUGAAGAAGACAAAUUGAAUCUUCUUGGAAUUGUUGUGGUUGAUGAGCUGCACAUGGUUGGGGACUCAGGGCGUGGAUAUCUGUUAGAACUUUUGCUUACUAAAAUCCAAUACAUUGGCCGAAAAAACACAGCAAGGGGUUCUGUUCAAAGUGCCUCUGCUGGUGUGCAGAUAGUUGGUAUGAGCGCCACACUGCCAAACUUGGACCUUCUUGCUCACUGGUUGAAGGCUGAGCUGUAUAGUACUAACUAUCGUCCUGUGCCACUGAUGGAGUGGGUCAAGAUAGGCACAAAUGUCUAUGAUGGAUCUAUGAACCUGAUCAGACAGUUCACCCCAGCUCUUCCUGUAAAGGGAGAUGAUGAUCACAUUGUCAGCCUCUGCUUUGAGACGGUGCAGGAUGGACACUCUGCACUGCUGUUCUGCCCUUCAAAGAACUGGUGUGAGAAACUAGCAGACAGCAUUGGAAGAGAGUUUUACAAUCUUCAUCACAAAGAAAUGCAGUCAGGCUCUGGAGUGCGGAGUAUAUCUCUGAAUCAGGAAGGUCUCCAGGAUGUUGUAGCUCAGCUCAAGCGUGCUCCUGCAGGCUUGGACCAGGUGCUCCAGCGAACGGUUCCCUGGGGGGUGGCCUUCCACCAUGCAGGUCUGACAUUUGAUGAGAGAGAUAUUCUAGAAGGUGCUUUUCGUCAAGGAUACAUUAGGGUGCUAGCUGCCACCUCCACCUUGUCGUCUGGUGUAAAUCUGCCCGCUCGUCGUGUGAUUAUCAGAACCCCUGUUUUUAAUGGUCAUUUGUUGGACAUUCUAACCUAUAAGCAGAUGGUGGGACGAGCAGGCCGUAAAGGAGUGGACACUAUAGGUGAGAGUGUGUUGGUCUGUAAAGAGGCUGAACGUGCGAAGGGAAUUAGCCUCAUCCAGGGCACACUCAAGCCUAUCAGCAGCUGCCUGGUGAAGCGGGAGGGUGAGGGCGUCACUACCAGCAUGCUCAGGGCCAUCCUCGAGAUCAUCGUUGGAGGAGUCGCCAGCUCACCACAGGAUGUGAGGAUGUAUGCUUCUUGCACUCUUCUCGCAGCCAGUAUUGCAGCUGAACAGCCAAGUGAGGAAGAAGCUGAAACAGAAGCUCGAAACAAGGGGGCUAUUGAAGCCUGCAUAGAGUGGCUGAUGGACAAUGAGUUUAUACAUAUACAGAAGGAGGGAGAUGGUAAUUUAUCAAGAAUUUAUUUUUAUUUUUUUGUGGUUUACGAUAGUUUUUACAUUUUGAUAAUUGUCUGUCUCACAGUGGAGAGGUAUUGCCCCACACAUCUGGGUUCUGCGACUCUGUCCUCAUCUUUAUCACCCCCAGAAGCCCUGGGGAUUUUUGCAGAUCUCCAAAGAGCAAUGAAAGGAUUUGUGUUGGAAAAUGAUCUCCAUAUCCUCUAUCAGAUAACACCUGUGUAUGUGGACUGGACUACUAUUGACUGGUACCAAUUCUUCUGUUUGUGGGAACAACUACCGUCUGCAAUGAAACGGGUGGCUGAGAUGGUGGGCAUCCAAGAAGGUUUUCUGGCCCGCUCCGUUGGUGGCAAAUUAAUUGCUAAAACCGAAAAGCAACGCAGACAGAUGGCCAUUCACAAACGUUUUUUCACAACGUUAGUUCUCCAUGAACUGAUAAGCGAAGAACCACUUGGAGCUGUCGCAAAGAAGUAUGGCUGUAGCCGAGGACAGCUACAGUCACUUCAGCAGUCUGCCUCAACAUAUGCAGGUAUGGUUACAGUCUUCUGUAAUCGACUUGGAUGGCACAAUCUAGAGCUGCUUCUGUCCCAGUUCCAGAGUCGUCUGAGUUUUGGAGUCCAGAGGGAGUUGUGUGAUCUGGUUCGUAUUUCUUUACUAAACGCUCAGAGAGCACGUACGCUCCACAGCUCCGGGUUUGUCACAGUGGCAGAGGUGGCCAGAGCUGAUGUUGCUGAGUUGGAGAAGGCCCUCAGGAAAGCUAUCCCUUUCAAAAGCUCCAGGCAGGCGGUGGAUGAAAGCGAGGUAGAGGCUCAAGAACGUAAGAGUAUGCGCUGCAUCUGGGUCAGCGGGAAAAAGGCCUUGACUGAAAGGGAGGCUGCUCAGCAAAUUGUGGCUGAGGCCCAGCUGCUCCUCCAGCAGGAUUUGGCUCUUCUUGGGGUGGAAUGGAACCCAGCAUCCCUCGCAACAAAAACCCAGCUAGAUUCCCAUUCAACCGAGGAAUCAGCCAACGAAAAACCACUACAGUCUAUGUCAAGAGGACCAGAACUUGAAGAGGGGCAAAAUAUAACCACAAAUGUGGACAAACACAAAUUGUUGGUGGAUGAACAUUCUGACAGUUGUUCCCAUCCUCCUUUGAGGACAUUAGAGAUCACUACUAAUUCAGAAAAGCCAGUGGAUAUUGACUCCGGUGUAUCAUCUGCUGACUGUCAACCUGCUAAAAAAUGUGAACAGCAAUCAAGUACAUUGCAUAAAGUUCUGAAAUCAAUAAAUGCGAAAGACAAGGGCUGUCAAAAUACCCAAACAGUAAAUUCCUGCAACUCUGGCAGUGACCAUCGUGUAAGUCCAGUUUCGAAACGUAGAAGGAUGGAUGUUGUGGACGCUGAUGCGCUACCCACAGUCAUUGAAUCAAAAACACCAUCUCUAAUCUCAAAAGACCCUAAACUAAUAUCAAAUGUUGAAGAACUUUGCUUUAAUAAACCUGAAACUGACUGUAAAAUAGAUAAAGAUAAGGUGAAUCUCCAGUCAUUCAUUGCUGGACUGAACCAAGUCAUUGAGUCAAAAACUCACUCGUAUGAUCCAAAAAAGGGAAGGGAAACACCAAAUGUUACUGCAAAAAAGUGCACAUCUAAAACGAAACAUUUAACUCAAAAUAAAAAGCGAGAAAUGGUUACUCACAGUUUUGGGACAACCAGCAGCAGAGAUGAAACUGUCCAAGUUAAACAUGAUUUAGUUUGUUGUUCUGUGAAGCUUAGCAAGCUUAGCUCUCCUGACUUGUACACAAAUGGAAUGGAAGAGUUUGGUGAUAGUUUUCAACUUGAUACACAGACUGAAAAAAUGCUUGAAGGGGAUGAUUUUUCACAUGGAAUUGGUAAUUUAAACAUUCUCAAAGAAAGUAACAAUCAUGUUGAUUCAGAAAGUGAGAUAAAAGUUGUCAACCAGUCAUCCAUCCUGGAAAAUGUAAAUCAAACCUAUAAAGACCAAAACAAAGACCCAGUCAAAGGAUUAUCACCUCAUAAGAAAGGCCUGGCCAUUGAAUUCAAACCGAAAUAUAACAUUUCGCUUACUGACAGCCAGUUGGAGAAUAUUUUAAAUUACAGUAACCAGGUUACUGAAGAAGAAUCAAGUUCCAAUAAAGCUGCUGAGCAAAGGGAAAAUCAUGAGUCCUCUGAUCAUAUUACUGACAACAGCUUGAACCGGAGUAGCAGUUUUCUGUUUGACAGUCUCUACGACAACUCAAUCUUGGAUGCCAUGGAGGAGGCAGCAAUGGAUCGAGACAACGAAGAAGAACAGGUGGUUGAAGCGUGUGCCAAUUCAAACGCCUCUUCUCCAGAACUCAUUCCGGCGAGAAGAGAUGCCGUGUCAACGGAGGAUCAGGAAGCAAUCCAAUGGGGGGAAUCAUCUUUCAAUCUUUCAGAAUGGGGAGAUUCACUCCUUAUUGGAGAGCAGUACCUUGAUAAAAUUAACAAUGCUGUCAAGGCUGGUGAUGGCCCAAGAUUGGGUGCAGAGAAGCCCAGUUAUACAGAUGACAUUGUGUCUGAACUACAUGUAUCACAAAGCAAUGAGCCUCUUUCAAGGGUUUCAGCUGAAAGAAGUCAAUUAAACAGUUCAUCAUUUCACAUCAGCCCAGGAAUGCAGGAUAUUUUUGACAAAUGGUCUGAUCAGUUUUCAACUCUAUCUGAGAUUCCAGGGCAGUCAAAUUCAACAGUGGUGGAACCAAAUGCUGCUGCUGCUCCUGUUGUCGAAAAAGCUGUUGCCUCAAUUACAAACAGUGGAAUUUAUCAGGGAGGUCCAAGAAACUCAAAAACAGAAGAUUUCGUGUUAGUCCCAGCCAAACCAGUGACUCACAAUGACCUUAUUCCUCCCACGCCAGUUUCUGAACCAGUCACACCACGAGUUAAAAUGACCACUUCAGCUAUACAAUCACCUCUUAAUGUCACUAAGCACAGGUCUGAACUGGAUCCAAAUUCUAAAUCCAGUUCCCAGAAAGUUUAUCAGUCUUGUUUGAGGACAAACACAGCAUCAGAUUUAGACACGUCUCUAGCUGAUGAGGGCUUUAUGAGGCUUUCUCAGUGUCAGUCACUUCCUGCUUCAAACUCCUGCAGUCCAGAAACAUUCUCCAUAAUCGAUGUGGCAAGUGAUAUUAGGCUUUUCCAUACAUUUAUAAAGGAGUGGAAAACAAAGGACAGAUUUUCUCUUGCUCUUGCCUGUGAGAAGAUAGACAACACCUCGGUGCAAGCUGAGACAGUUAUAGGUGGAAAAUUUAAAAAACCUACUACCCCAAUGAGGAAAAGAAAAGAUAGCUUCUUUCUUAAGGGAUAUGAGGAUCUUGUUGUCAUUGGCAUAUCUGUAUGCUGGGGAGCAAAAGAUGCUUAUUUUGUGUCUCUACAAAAGGAGCUGUCAGACACAGAUAUAAGUGCCAGUUUAGCUCCACCGCCUCUUGAUGAGACCCUUAUAGUUGAGGAGCGACUGAAUCAAAUUCAGUGCUGCUUGAGAAAAGAAUCAGCUGUGAUAGUCUCUUAUGAUUUCAUUCAUGUUUACAAGACCCUGCUACUUGCAUGUGAGCUUGCUAUGCUUGGCACAUUUGAAGACCCAAAGAUUGCAUGCUGGCUUCUGGAUUCAAGCUCCAAAGAGCGCACUCUCCACAACAUGGUAUCCAGCUUUGCUACUGAGGAUCUCCUGAUGCUGGAGGGAAUUAGUCCUGGUCAGGGUGUGCAGAGUUUAGGGAUCUUUGGAGAUGCCAGUCAGCCUGGACGCUACAGAGCUGCUGUUGAGUCUGUUCUGGUCUUCAGAGUCAUGACGCAACUCAACUGUCUUCUUGAAAAGGAUGGUUUCUUAGACGUAUUCAGGAAAGUAGAGAUGCCCACCCAGUACUGCCUGGCAUUGUUGGAGCUAAAUGGAAUUGGGUUUAGUGUUGCUGAAUGUGAGGCUCAGAAACAUGUGAUGCAGGCCAAGCUAAGUGCUCUUGAAUCCCAAGCUUAUCAGCUAGCGGGACACAGCUUCUCACUGACCAGUCCAGAGGAUGUAGCAGAGGUAUUGUUUCUUGAGUUGAAGCUGCCUCCCAAUGGAGAUUUAAAUGCUCUAAAGAAUAAGAAGACACUGGGCUACACUAGGAGAGCAGGAGCCCGUAUCAAACUUUCCAAGCAGUUCAGUACAACUAAGGAUGUUUUAGAAAAGCUCAAGCCACUGCAUCAGUUACCAAGUGUUAUUCUUGAGUGGAGAAGGAUCACGAAUGCAUUGACAAAAGUGGUUUUCCCCUUGCAACGAGAGAAGAAGUGGCACUCACUUCUGAAGAUGGACCGAAUACAUCCAGUUUCACAGUCACACACCGCCACGGGUCGCGUGAGCUUUACUGAACCAAACAUUCAAAAUGUCCCUAAAGAUUUUGAAAUUCAGAUGCCAACACUUAUAGAAGAAAGUCAACCAUCACAGAAUGGUGCAAGCAAAACAUGGGGUAAACGAUUAAAGAUGAACCGGCAGUUGGCACCCCUUUUAAAGGUAUCAGACGAAUCACCAGAAAAAGGGAUGCCUUUUUCUGUCAGCAUGAGGCAUGCUUUUGUUCCUUUUUCAGGAGGUCUGAUUCUGGCUGCUGACUACUCACAGCUGGAGCUCCGAAUUUUAGCUCAUCUGUCCCGGGACAGGCGGCUCCUCCAUGUGCUCAACAGUGGUGAAGAUGUGUUUAAAAGCAUAGCAGCAGAGUGGAAAAUGGUAGACCCUGCUUCAGUUGAUGAUAAUAUGAGGCAACAAGCCAAACAGAUUUGUUAUGGAAUAAUCUAUGGCAUGGGAGCAAAGUCUCUUGGAGAACAAAUGGGCAUCGAUGAGAAUGAUGCUGCUUGUUAUAUUGAGUCGUUUAAAUCCAGAUACACUGGCAUACAGAACUUUCUGCGUGAAACUGUGCAGAAAUGUGGGAAAAAUGGUUAUGUGCAGACGUUACUCGGAAGGAAGCGCUUUUUGCCUGGAAUAAAAGACACAAAUGUUUACAUAAAGUCUCACGCAGAACGACAGGCAGUAAACACAACCGUCCAGGGCUCUGCUGCUGACAUUGUUAAGUUAGCAACCAUCAACAUCCAGCGUAGAUUGGAGGCAGCAUUUCCUGGAGUUCCCACAUCACAUCAACACCCUCCCAUCAGACUGAGUGGUAGGCACAGAAACCAGUGUAGACCCUCUCGAGGAGGCUUUUUUAUACUUCAGCUGCAUGAUGAACUCAUCUACGAGGUUGCAGAGGAAGAUGUCAUUCAGGUUGCACAGAUUAUGAAGCGAGAAAUGGAAAGUGUUGUGAAAUUGUAUGUUAAGCUCAGAGUAAAAGUCAAAGUGGGCCCAAGCUGGGGUAAACUUCAAGACCUGGACAUUUAAAACAAAUGUGUCCUUUAAUCUACUCUUAAAUUACUGAUCGUGAUUAAGAAUUACUUGAAUCAACUCUUAAAACACUAAAUGUGCAGAUGU